UACUCUCUCUCUCUCUCUCUCUCUCUCUCUCUCUCUCUCUCUCUUCUCCCCACUCCCCUCGUCGGUUCCAACGGACCCCCUGUCUCCACCCUCUUUAUUGCCCGCCGUCCUCUCGCUUUCUCGCCUCCCCUUCCGUUUCAACCACCUGCACCUAACUCCUCCUUUCUCUGUUUUCCUUUUUUCCCUUUUUUUUUUUCUGUUGAAGAUCUGGAAGCGCAGUGUCUGAGUUUUACUGUGUUUCCUCUUUAUUGCGCUUGAGAAGAAGGACGGUCGCCGGAGAAGCUAGGGUUUCAAUUUCGGACUGAUUCAUGAUUUUCUUGAAUCUUUCCUCGUUCUUUCUAUCGUGCUUUUUUCCUGGAUUGCCGAUCUACUACUUUUUUCUAGAUUACUUGCCAUUUCUGUCUUUGCUGAAUCGGAGUUAGUUUCGCGGUUUUUUUAACGAGUGUAAAUGGAUGCAUUUCGGAAAAGGAGGAGUAAGAUUGCCGGAGUAGCUCGUCAUCCAAGCUCUACCGAUUUACUUGCAUCGAACUUUCCUGCUUCCCUUAGAGGAAACAGACAGGUUCAGAAACAGAGAAACUUUCUGAAAUUGGCGUCUGAUUCUAGUUCCUGCAGUAGUGAUACCACAGAGGAAGAUUCGUUCAUGGUUGAUUUACGUUGGAGAUCUUCGAGAAAAUCAUUUGCUAUGCCGAUGAAAAAGUUAUUAGCAGAAGAGAUGUCUAAAGAAAAUGAAUCCAGAAGACGGUCGCCAAGUGUUAUUGCAAGAUUGAUGGGCCUUGAUGGUCUGCCACCUCUGCAGUACAGUCAUAAGCAGCAAAAAGGGAGUUUCGAGGAUGGUCAACAGAAAGCUCAAAAGAAUUGCACAUUCUCCAGUCGGCGAUCUUCUAGAAAGAACUCGAAGGAUGAGCAAGAUUUCAAAGAUGUUUUUGAGGUUACAGACUCAAAAAAGGUGGAGAGUACUAGUUACUCCUCACAGGAAACUGGAAAUUCAAAUCAUGCUGAGUCUGAGAUGGCAUUUAUCCGGCACAAGUUCAUGGAUGUUAAACGUUUUUCAACUGAUGAAAACCUUCAGCAUUCAAAGGAAUUUGAUGAUGCUCUUGAGGUUUUAGAUUCCAACAAGGAUCUUCUGCUGAAGUUCCUUCAGCAACCGGAUUCAUUAUUCACAAAGCAUUUGCAUGAUUUGCAAAAUUGUUCUCCUGAAUCCCAUUGUGGUCACAUAUCAGCUAUGAAAUUCUCACAUUCUCCGAACCAUGAAAACAUUAGCUUAGGCCAGAAGUUGUCACACACUUUGAUCAAUGAGAACAGUAGCUUAAGCCAGAGAACAGAUAGAGAAAGUCGUUGGAAGAAUCAUGGUAACUUUCCUCAGAACCAUCAAGCAGAUAUUUUAAGCCACCCUUGUGCUGUUCAAAAUCACCCCAAGACAAGUAAAGUUCGAGUUGAAGAGAAAAAAGAGCUGGCCUCUCUGCCCACAAGGAUUGUUGUUUUGAAACCAAAUCUUGAUAGGUCAUAUAAUGCUGCCAGAAUUUCUUCAUCAGCUAGUCCUUCUCAUCAUCAGCCAUCAGAUUGCAAAACAAACACAGAAAUUGUGGGUUUGAAAAAUAGGGAGGUGGAAGUAUGGGGCAAGAAAAGGGUUUCUGAUGAUUUGGGGAUUUUGAGGCCUAAUUCUUGGGAAUCUAGGGAGAUUGCUAAAGAAAUUGCUAGGAAAAUGAGGAAUACUUCAAGCAAUGGUUCUGUGAAAUUUUCAACCGCUAAGUUGAGAGGAUAUGCAGGGGAUGAGAGUUCAUGUGACAUAUCUGGGAGUGAAUCUGCAAAUGAUUCAGAUGUAACAACAGUGACUUCCAGAGAGAACUCUGACAGGAAUAACCGACAUAGGUCACCAUCAUCCCAUUCUUCCGAAUCACCUGUCAGUAGGGAAGCCAAAAAGAGACUAUCAGAAAGGUGGAAAAUGACAUGCAGGUCUCAAGAGAUAUGUGUGACUAGCAGGGGCAGGACACUUGGUGACAUGCUUGCUAAACCAGACAGGGAAGUAAAGCCAGCAAAAUUUAGUGGCAUGAUUGAGGAAGGCAGCCAUAGGUUUGGUAGUGAUGAUGGAUCAUGGUUGUGUGGUGAACCUUUGGGUAUUAGCAGUAGGGAUGGAUGGAAGGAUGAAUGUCUUAGUAAGCUAUCAAGAUCAAGAUCUCUUCCGGCUUCUGCUGAUUUUGGAAAUCCUGGAACAAGUUUGCACCGGGGGAUUUUUUGUGGUGACAAAUAUGUGGUGCCAAGGGAUGGUAGAAAUCGUGACAGAAACAAGGCAGUAAAAGGGAACUUCAGUCUGAGGGAAGGUUCCCUGUCUAAGAACUCAAGGGCUGGUGUAAAGAAAUCUCAAUUUCUGAGUACUGAUAAUAAUGAGAAGAAUGACACUCCACCUGAAGUUGAUUUACCUUCUUUUAUGGUGGAGAGUAAUUUAGAGGAGGAUGGGCAACCUGCACAAAAUCCUGUGGUUUCAGAAGCAUCUACUAGUACUGUUACAGUAACAAGUUCCUUUCAUGAAAAUGAGGAGAAUGUCAACAAUCAGAAUAUGGCUGCACUUUCUGAACCUAUUCAUCUUGAAUUAUCAGCUUCUUCAUCAGUAAACGGUGACUUUUCUACUGGGGACCUUGAUACUCUGGCCUCUCAGGAUAUAUUGGAUGGGCUACAUGAGGGAGCCCCAUCGCAUCACCCUGAACCCCAAUUACAAUCUCAUACAAGUUCCAGGGAGGCAGAUCAGCCUAGUCCGGUUUCAGUUAUAGAAGCUCCUUUUGUAGAUGAUUUAUCUUCUGGUUCCGAAUGCUUUGAGAGUCUAAGUGCUGAUCUCCAUGGGCUUCGAACACAACUUAAACUACUGAAAUUGGAAUCUGAGGCAUAUGCAGAAGGAUCUAUGCUUGUUUCAAGUGAUGAUGAUGCUGACGAAGUUUCUAGUCGGUUUGCGUAUGACAGGGGAAUAUUAAGGGCUGAAGAGAACUUGGAGUCUUCAUACAUAACUGAUGUCUUAAUUGAUUCUGGAAUCAGUGGUACUGAUCCUGAUACAUUCAUGGUGGCAUGGUACUCACCAGAUUGCCCUGUGAAUCCCUUUCUAUUUGAAGAACUUGAGAAAAAGUAUUGUAAUCUGACUUCAUGGUCAAGGGCUGAAAGGAAGCUGAUAUUUGACCGUCUAAACUCAAAGCUUCUGGAGAUGAACCAGCAAAUUGCCGAUCAACAUCCAUGGGUGAAGCCUGCAAGAAGAAUUCAUCCAAACUUGAACAAACGAGGGCUCGAGGACAGCCUCUGCAAGUUGCUUGUAGGCCAAGAUAAGAAAGUGAAAAAGGAUGCAACGGAUAAGGUGCUUGGAAGUGAAUCAGAAUGGUUAGAGUUGGGACAUGACAUUGAUGAUAUAGGUAGAGAAAUCGAGCGGUUAUUAAUAGAUGAAUUAGUUGCAGAGGUAGCAGCUAUGUAAUGACUUAGAAAGAUGAGAUAUAUGCAUAUAUGAAUAUAUGAAAUUAUCCAUUUAUGAAAGUAUGAAUAAGAUUGAAAUCUUUUA